CAAUAAUUAAAAUUGCAGAAAAAAAUUAUGGAGAUAUAAGCGAAUCAGAAGAGUUAAUGAAAAUGAAAGCUUUGAAUAUUAUUUUUAUUUUGCUUCCUUCUACCACAAUGCAGGAGCAAAACUGCCUUAGCAUGUUAAGUGCAACUUUAGAUGCAAUUAAACUUACGUACUCACAAAGCACAGCGAGUUUUAAUGCUUCAUUCGAUUUAAAGGGUAGUUUGGCCGCCUGUUCUUCAACAUCUUUAAGGUUGGAACUAUGGAGGCCAGAGGAUUAUGAAGCAUUAGGUAACAUAUUUUGGAAUGAGAAAAUGCCUUUAAAAAAUCAGAAAAUGCAUUCUGAUGAUCUCACACUACCUCUCGACCAGAAACAUCCCUCCACUUACCAGAAUCCGACCUCUGUUGACCAGAAAUUCUUCUCUUUUGAUGAAAAAUUGUCAACAAGCUGUUCUGAUCUAGAUGAGCGGGUUCUAAUCCUCCACUACCAGUCUCAACCUAUUCUAGAGAAUUCUAGUUCAACAGUGAUGUUUCCUCAUAUCUAUCAAAGGAUGUAUGUACUACGGCUGUGUUCCUGCGGAAGAUUACGAAGAUGUGUGUGCUCUAUUUCAGGAGCGAAGACGGCCAUUUGUAAAAUAAUAUCUUUACCUUUUCCAACUUCUUCUGAACCCUCAUAUUUCUUUUCUUCUACCUUUUACACCAACGUAAAUCCCAGCUGCAGGGGAACAAAUGACAGGUCUUUGUCGUCAUUGAUUGAAUCACGUGGAGAAGUCCCAGUAGUGCAUAAUCCUACAUGGCAUUUGACCGCUAACGAGCUAAGUAUAUCAGGAACAAUUCCGUCAUGCAGUACUGUACAAAUAUAUGACGAGGUGCAAAUUACAUUAUACGAAGUAUCCCACAGAGAUGAGACAUGUGAUGUUGGAUCUAAAAUAAAAAGAUUCGAAAAUUUAAAUCCCAGUUUUGUUACAACAUCAAGAAAUGGUAUUCAAUCGGUUAUUUCUCAUCUUAAACCAAAUAAUAACACCUCAGGAAUGUUUUAUGCAAGAUUUUUAAAUAUAAAAACGGUUGAUGUAGCAUACUGCAUUUUUAUCAAACUAGUUAAUCACCCUUACUGUAAUGUUGGAAGAGUAUCAAGGCAAUCCUAUAUUUGUAAACCAAUUUCUUUAAUAAGGCCAAUCCAUUUAGGUCUAGAUGAAAAACUUGAGAAAAUAGAGACAGAUUACUGGAUGGUUUUUGUUAUUUUUACGGUUCUCUUUUUCAUCUUUAUUCUUAUCCUCGUUCUCAUUGUGGUUACUAAAGUCAGGAGCUGGGCAAAUCUUUUAAGAAAAGAAUUUAAGCCAGCAGAAGCUGAGAAGGUGGAAUUAAUAAAUUCAGUGUUUACAAUAGCACUUCUUUACAUAUCAGAAAAUCAAGAAGAACAACAAACCAUGGAAGAUUUGCGUAACCACCUGUCAGGUAUUGGACAUAAGGUGUUGGAUUUAUACUCAGAAAUUAUUCAGGAGGAGGCAUGUUAUAAUCCUGAAUCCUGGCUACUAGAAACUAUACACAGCCCUGAAACAAAGAUUGUUGUACUUGAAAAUUAUGCGUUGGCCCGAGGUUUACUCAAAGCUGAAACAGCACCAGGGGCUGGAGGUAUUGGUCCCUUAACUGUUUUUGCAGUAGAGCAGGUUUUGGCUGGAUAUUCUGACAAUUAUAGAAAAGUCGGUGUCGUCAAAAUGGGAGAACUAAAAAAUUCGACAGCAACAGGAUUAGUUUUACAUACACAGUUUCUGUUUCAGAAUUAG